UUGAACAUUUCCAUCAGACAAGAUACUAUUUUUAUUGAAUUGGUGCUCAAAAUGUCUGUGUAUAGUCUUGAAAACGAGGCAUUUGUGUCUUUACUUAAAUAUGGAAGUAUUGUGCUUCUCAAGUUGGUAGCUAUGUCUCCAAUAACGUCGGUUUAUCGGGGCAUUUACAAGUCGGUUGCAUCAGAAGAAGACGCGAAAUUGGCUGAACCAAAUGAUAAGGAAAAGCAGAAAAAGCUUAUGGCUAAAAAUCCCGGAGUCGAAAGGGCACGAUUAGCUCACCUCAACGAUUUAGAAAAUAUUGUUCCUUUUUUUCUCAUCGCGAUGCUUUACGUCACUAUUGCACCUAAUGCGAAAACAGCUGACUUCAUUUUCAAGAUAUUUGCCGGAUCCCGAAUUCUCCACACCAUCGUGUAUCUCGGAAAAGUCCGUCAACCAGCACGCGGUCUGGCUUUCAUGGCUGGAUUCUGCGUCAAUUGUUACAUGCUGUUUCAGAUUAUGACCGUCGUAUUAUUGUAGAUGUUUGAAUAUAUCAUCGACAAGUUUUAUGUAAUUUGAUGUUUCUACUUCAGAUAGAACAUGGUUUUGAAUAAUAAAAUGUUUUAUAAUUUAAGCUCUUGAAAAGGAAUAAAACAUUAUUUAAAUAAAUAAAUAAUUAUUUUUGCGUGUGACUCAGUCCCGUCCUCUUGUGUUGACCUUUAACAUUGGCCAAUUCUCAGCAGCGAACAAUUUCUCAACUCCUAUCCUUAUCCGGCGGGUGGUCGUCGUCUAGUCCGGUUUUGAUCUCAGCUUGCGUCGGUAAUUAAUAUCCGUUAUACUGCCGCCUAGUGUAUUCGUGUCAAAUUAGAAGUUUCCGCCAUAUCCGUAUCUAACGCCCUAAGGGUAUAAUCCGUCGGUCACACGUAUCUAGUUUUAAAAGUUGAACCUUAUCGAGGAAUUUAAGUUCCACAGUACGAUAUAGGUUCAAAAUUGGAAUUUUUGUAGUAGAGACUGAUUUAUCUAUGAUUCGGAGCAUUACUGAAAACAACUCAGAGAUCCACAAAUUCUGCUUAAUUACUAUCGUGGUAAAACUCUGAGAAGAAUGAUAAAUAAUACAGUAUUCAGCCUAACAAAUGUGACGUUCCUGUCGCUGUUGAAAUAUGGAAGCGUAUUGCUUCUGAAGAUGGUUCUUAUGUCGUUAGUAACCGUAAUAUAUAGAAUAAUCUACCGAUCUGUAGCUUCCGAGGAAGAUGCUUUGUUUCGAGUAGGAGGUGAUAAAGAAAAACGGAAAAGUCUUUUGAUGAAAAACUGGAAUGUGGAAAGGGUUCGAAAUGCUCACAUGAACGACAUUGAAAAUAUUGUACCUUUCUUUAUCAUUGCAAUACUGUAUGUUACGAUAAGACCUGAUCCAGCAAUGGCGGAAUUCUUGUUCAAGGUCUUUACUGCAUCCCGAAUUGCUCACACUACUGCAUAUCUUGGUAAAAUCCGCCAACCUGUGAGAAGUCUUGCUUUUAUCGCUGGUUUAUUUGUUAAUAUUUAUAUGAUUUGGCAAAUCA